AUGAGGUAUUCCACGUUACUUGUGCUUACGCUCGGCUCCCUUGCUGCGGCCGCUCCCCGCGACUGCGCCCAGAAGCUCAAGGAACAGGUUUCGCCCCCUCGAGGAUGGACCAAGGUCAAACCCGCCUCCGCUGAGCAUAACAUCAACCUCCGGAUUGGGCUGCCGCAGGCCAACUUCGCUCAGCUCGAGAAGCACUUGUAUGAGAUUAGCGACCCCUUCAACGAACGCUAUGGCGACCAUUUGUCGAAGGAAGAGGUCGAAGCGCUUAUUGCACCCCACGAUGAGAGCAUUCAGCUCGUAGAAGAAUGGCUGGCAUCGCACGGAAUCUCUGCGGACGACCUGACCCGUUCUCCCGCUAAGGAUUGGGUCACGAUCAAGGUUCCUGUCAGUCUAGCCGAGAAGAUGCUCGACACUGAAUAUCACGUCUGGUUGCACGAUGAGAGUGGCGAUACCAUGGUCCGCACGACCUCAUACAGCUUGCCUGAACACUUGCACGAACACAUUGAAGUCGUUCAACCUACGACGAUGUUCGGUCGUUUCAAAGGCAUGAAGGCGACAUACCACUAUGCUGACACGGAGCGUCCGUCCGUGGAUCUGAGCCAGCCAUGGAUCCCCAUCCCGUCCGCAUACAACGGCGAGGUCAACGCGAGCUGCAACGCUUCGAUCACGCCUACUUGCUUGAAGGAGCUCUACAAUGGUGUUGGAUACACGCCGUCAGCUACGAAUGCUAACAAAAUUGGUAUUACCGCUUAUCUCGGGCAGUACGCCAACUUCGAGGACUUCCAUAACUUCACCGCCAUGUUCGUUCCUGAUGCGGCGAGUUCCAGUUUUGAAGUUGUAUACAUCGAUGGAGGCCAAAACAACCAGACGCUCAGCGCUGCUGGUCUUGAAGCGGAUUUGGACACCCAGUACGCGUUUGGGUUAACGUACCCCACGCCCGGGACAUUCUACACGACUGGAGGGAUGCCUCCAUACAUUCCUGACGAUGACACCCCGACGGACACGAACGAGCCGUACGCCAACUGGCUCGACUACAUCCUUAGCGACCCCAGCCCUCCCCAGACCAUCUCGACUAGCUACGGCGACAAUGAGCAGACAGUCCCUGAGAGCUAUGCUAAGCGAGUUUGUGAGGACCUCGCGCAGCUUGGUGCCCGUGGUGUAUCUCUCCUUUUCGCAUCCGGCGACUUCGGUGUCGGCGACGGCGACGCGAACCCCGAGACUCAGACUUGCUAUACCAACAAUGGUCUCAACGAGACCAAAUUCAUUCCCGGCUUCCCUGCGUCUUGUCCUUACGUCACCUCCGUCGGGGCGACCUGGUACAUUCCCGAGGAGACGUACUUCAUCUCCGGUGGUGGUUUCAGCAACUACUUCUCGCGUCCUGAUUACCAAGCUGUCGCUGUACCCGAAUAUUUGAGUAAGCUCGCUCCAGGAACGUACGAGGGGCUUUACAACCCGUACGGCCGCGGCAUUCCUGACGUCUCCGCGCAAGGCCAGUGGUUCUGGGUCUACUACGCCGGCCAGCUGGGCCAAAUUGGUGGCACGUCUGCUGCGACACCUACGUUCUCCGGCUUUGUGUCCUUACUCAACGAUGCUCGGCUUGCGAAGAAGCUGCCCCCGCUCGGCUUCUUAAACCCCCUUAUCUACGCAGCCGGCGCCUUCGCACCCAAGGCCUUCAACGACAUAGUCGGUGGCAGCAAUCCGGGCUGUGGAACGGAGGGUUUCAACGCUACGAUUGGCUGGGAUCCAGUAACUGGGUUCGGUACGCCUAACUUUUAUAACCUUAAGGACAUUGUCCUGGGAGAUAUGGAUUUGCUCAUUGGUGGGUUGUCACUGUAA